AUGAUUUCAGCUGCAGUUCUACGUAGCGGUAACCUCUAUGUAUUUGGUGGAUGCCGGAAAAUUGCCAAUGAUAAUUUUCACUUUGAUGCUGAACUCUAUAAACUGAACUUGGAAUCAUGCAUAUGGGAAAAGUUAGCAGGGUCGGAAUGCAGCAAUGAAAUACAACCUGAAGGAAUGUAUAGACAUGGCAUUGCAUGUGAUGAUCAUAAACUAUAUGUUUUAGGAUAUAGCUGGAGUGAGGUUUACACAAUUCCUCAUUUACAUAAGAUCUAUGCAUAUGACUUGAAAUUGUCUAUGUGGGAGAGUCUCAGUACACAUCCAGAUUAUUUAAAAGGAUUUCCUCCAACUAGAAUUUACCAUUCAUGUGCACAGAGAAAUAAUGAUGUUUUUAUUAGUGGUGGACACAAUAAUUCACUGAUAUACGAUGACUUGUGGAGACUCAACUUAACAACUCUGCAAUGGACGAGCCUAAACAAAUUACCAAUAAAAUCAUUUUUCCAUACAGCCUCAAUAACACCUAGUGGAUGUAUGUACUAUUUUGGUGGAGUUACUAAGCUGGAUGACAGUUCAAGAACUGGCGAAACGUAUCGAAUAUGGCUUGAAGUACCUAGUCUGUUUGAACUUUGUUGGUACCAUGUAUCUUCGCUCAUACCUGAUCUUGACAGCUUAUCUGACGAAAGACUUAUAACUCUAGGAAUUCCUAGAAGUUUAAUUGGAAGAGUCAGAGCAGGAUGA